AUGGGCAAUAAGGAAUACACUGAGUACACCAUACUGCAGUAUCUCGAGCGACGGAUGCCUGAUAUCCCAGUUCCCAGACCACACAGCCUAAUUACAUUUGCUCCCUUCAGUGUUGUUUUCAUGUCAUACAUCCCAGACAUGACUCUGACCAAGGCCUGGCCCAGUCUUGCACACGAAGACAAGCUGUUCAUACAACGCCAGCUAGACGACAUAUUUCAUCGACUAAGGACAAUUAUACAAGAUGAUGGCCAUCCCUUUAGUGGAAUCAGUGGAGAAGGGGCAAAGGACAUGCGAGUUGAUGAGUGCUCUACGUUCAAAGAUAUCACCACAGGGUUUAACCACUGA